AUGGCUGCUGGUUACAGUCUCCCAUUUGGGGCUGGGAAGGAAGGACUUCUCCCUCAAGAGAAGGAAGUAGGAAGAGGAAGUAAUGACUGGAGAAGUGCACUCUCUGGUGUGACCUGUGGACUGAAAAGGAAUUUUGCAGAAAUGAAGACAGAUGUCAAUUUAUUGCUGGAUUGUCUAAAGUUUCAAAUAGAUAAUCCUCAAUCACAAAAAGGAACGUUAGCUGCUAUUUGCUCAAUCUGUCAGGAAAACACUAUUGCCCGUGAUUAUUUUAGAGAUAUUGGAGGUCUUUCUUUUGUCAGCAUCUUAGCAAAGACAAGCCCUCAUGUUAUUGUAAAAGAUGCUGCUUUAUUCACUUUGGGAGUUCUUGCAGAAAGCUGUGUCUUUUGUCAGCAAACCUUGUGCACCUUAGAAACCUUUGAAGAUAUCUGCUCAACCUUAUUGAAAGAAGAAUCUUCAUUGAAUUUGAAAAGAAUGUCUCUUUAUCUAUUUAUGGUGUUAGUUUCUAAUAACAGAGCUGGGCAAACUCACUCAAGAAUAUCAGGGUGUAUUGAUGUACUUCUGUGCCUAUUUAGAGAAAUGCCUUCAUCCUGCAACAUAGAUGUACCUAAUAGAGCUAAAAAUUGGUCUUAUCAGCUGUGGUCAUCUGUUUGCAGUGGCCUUUGUGCAUGUGUCAACAACCCUCAAAAUGAUGAAAACCAAAAAUUGUGCUGCUCAGUGUUUCCACAAGCAAAAGAUUUGCUGAAGCAUUCCAAUGACCCUGAGAUUGUACGCCCUGUCUGUUCUUUUAUAAGUUUUGUUGUUGCAGAUAAUAGUUUUGUUCAGGAAUAUUUUGCUUCAAUUGGAGGGUUAGAUACCUUGGCUGAUCUGUUUCUCCAAUUAGUGUCUAAUUUACAGAGGAGAAGUUCUAAGCUUGCAGUUGUGGUAAUGAAGACAGUGGUUGCUUGUACUGCAAAUAACACAACUUGUAUUAAUUGUUUGUCAAAAUACAACAUUAUAUCAUGCAUGUUAACACUGUUGACCAGUGAACCACUUGACCCAGAAGACAAGUGUGCUGUUGUCCUUGCCAUAGGUCGCUGCACUGAGAAUUGUGAAGGGAAUCAAUAUGAGCUAUUAAAAAGCAAUGGACUUCCUGUCAUCAUUCAAAUACUUACUGAGUCCCAGAAUGAACAGCAGCUACACAAGGCAGCUACGUUUGUUCUCCAAAACUGCAAAAAUAUUACUAAUGCAGUAUCAAUCAAACUUCCUCAAGAGACCACAGCUGUAUCUGCAGACAAGACAAGAGAGAAGCAGAUGUUUGAUUACUGGAAAAAGAAUAUUUAUAAAAAAAGAGAGCAUUUAGAAAAGCAACAUGAAGAGGAAAAUGUAAGGAGGCAGAUAUUUUCAGAUGUGACUUUACAGCAUAAGGCUGCUGCUUCAACAUUCAUUCCUGUAGGUAAUAUUAGUGGUGACAACCAAGCUGAGCCAGAAGAGAAUCACAUGGACUUACCCUGCAGAGAUUUAGACUGCAACUCAGACACUUCCAUAAAUAACGCUCCUCUGAGGGAUCCAGUACUUCAAACCAAGCAGCAUAAUAUGAAUAAGAAACAUUAUGAUGAGCAGCCUUCUGAUAAACGGGUACAGGAACUCAGAGGAAACAAACUAUUCUGUAGGAUCAACUAUAAAGAAACCAGGUCUAUCAAUUCCAGGAAGGAUACAUUUAAACAGACUCUGACUUUCAGUGGAGACAAAAGCAAAGCAGGAUACCAAGAUCCACUGACCUUAUGCAAAGACAUCAUUGACAAGGAAAUUUGUACUAUUCUUACUUCUGAAAUCACAAGUGAUAAAUCAAGGUGUACAGGAUGUUUAGCAACAGAGCUGGCCAUGAACAGCAGGAACUGUACCAGUAUUUUGCGUGAUUCUUCAUUUUUGUGUGAUCAUCACAUGGUUAUAGUAGAAGCAGAAGAGCAGUACAAACGUGAACUAAAGAAAUUACUACAAAUAAAUGAAAAUCUGUUAACACCACUGAAAAAAGGAGGCAUGAGUUAUGAGAAAUUUCUUCAAAGUAAAUCAGGCACUAGUCGUUUUUUAUUGACCCCAUUAAAAACAGUAAAGAGUUCAGCAGUUACAGUAAAAACUGGAGGAGGGGAGCAAGACAGGACUCACAAAUCAGCCUGUUUAGCAAGUAACCCAGAUCUUGAUGGAACCACAAGACUAUCAGGAAAUACACCAACAACCAUUUAUUUUUCAUCAAAGAAUCCGAGUCCUGAAAAAGAACGAAAAAAGGAACGAGGACCUCGUAGAAAUUUUACUCAGAGUGAAGUCGCUUAUCUUUUGGAUGGUGUACAGAAGUUUGGGCCCCGCUGGAAUAGUAUUUUGUGGUCAUAUCCAUUUCUAAAGGGAAGAACAAAUGUAAAUUUAUCCAAAAAAUACAAACAGCUGCAAAAGAAUCUACUAUAAUAUUGAAGAUUCAGUAUUAAAGUCCUAGACUAUUUUAAUAUACCUGAACAAGAUGCAACGGGCAUAACAACCUAAGAAUUAAAUGCUCAUUAAAAUGACUAGUGUAGGCAUUUAAUUAAUGACCAUAUUUUACACAAUUCUAUACAAAUGACAGGUAUAAUAAGUACAUUUAGUUGCAUUUGGGCUCCGCAAAGUGACCAAUAGAGUUAUUACAUAUUAUUAACAUUUAUAUAUUAAUGGUUUGAGUAUACUGUCAUUCUUGUAGGCUUAGCCACAUUUGAACAAAAGUGCUCAUAUUAUUCCUAAGGGUUAAUUAUUUGAUGGCUCUGGAGAGACUUUCUUUAUUAGUACUAUAUGUUAAACUGCAACCAGAUGGCAAGGUCAACAUUAUUUAAAUAUAAUGGGGGAAAUGCACAAAGCACUUCACUGUAAUGCCACUGCAAAUAUAUUUAACAGCAUGACCUUGAUGGUUAUGGCACUUCCCAGGGAAAAGUAGUAGUAGUAGAAGGUAGAACCAAAUGAAACAUGAUUACACUGUAGGCCAGCAGGUUGAGUAACCUUAUUUAUUAAAGCAAAUUUUAAUGUUUUGGGCUAGUGUUUUAACCGCCCUGACCAGUUCUGUUAAUAAAAUAUGCUUUAGUGAAUGUGGUAUCCCCCAUCUAACUACCCUACACAGCACUGAACUUUCAGGAAUUUUUUUCUUAAUGUGACAUUUAGUUUAUUUAAAAAAAAAAAAAAAAAAAAAAAAAACGUAAGAAAGAUAAAAUCUCUGAUCUAUGUUGUUUGAAUACGUAUUCAGUUGCAACACUUCAAUAUGUUGUAGACCCACCUUUGCAGCAAUAAUAACCUUUAGCCUUCUUUGACUAAGUGCAUAACAGCUCUGCACACUGUUCAGGAGGGAUUUUGGCCCAUUCUUCCAGGCAGAGUGGAACCAUAUUCUUCUGGUUAGUCAGAUACACCUUUAUAUUCAAAUAUUGUCACAUUUUAUCAAUUGGACUGACAUCAGGGCUUUGGCUGAGCCAUUGUAGAAUUACUUUCUUUUAUGUCUUCGAUGUUACUUUGAUCGUGUGUUUAAGAUCACUGUCAUCCAAGAUCUAUGAGAGGUCUUAAAUAUAUUCAGUUUCAGAAUUUUGUACCAUUAUUCAGCCUCACAGCAUAAAACUACCACUGCAUUCCUUCGCUGUAGGUAAUGGUCCCUCCAAUCAAGAACUCUGGAUAACAUGAGCCUGUUGUAGGAGUGUGGCAUAUAAAGAGUUUUCCUGAAAGCAUAUGAGCAACCCUGCUGUAGUGUGGCAAAAGGUUUUGAGUUAAGAUACAGCUAUUUGACCUAUUUUUAAGCAAUAAUUGUGGUAAUAGUGUGGCAAGCCCAACAUUGUCCAUACCUCAAAAAACACUAUGACCCAUACAAAGCCCCAAUCACAGUCUAAUUCAUAAUUUGUACCACUAUUUAAACACUUAAGUGUGCAAGCAUAAAUAGCCAAACCAAACCACUUGGGGCAACCCUGCAUGGAAAACUGGGCAAAUACCAAUCCUAAACAAAUUUAAAGCUGCUAUUGCUCCAAAAUGUUGUGCUAUAAGGUGGCUCUACUAUUAACACUGGGACUUGAAUACUUGUGUGAACAGUAAAUUUUAGGUUUUUAUUCAUAACAUUCCUCACAUCACAAAGCCAAAAGUUACAUUUCAGUGUAGGAUUUGAGAAUUUCUUAUUUAGUAAAAUGAGAGAAUAUAUAUGGUCUGAAUACUUUUGGAAGAUACUGUACACUGUAAUAGAAAGUGCUAGAAGUAUGCAACCUUCUCUAGGGAAAGCACAUGAUUCUCACAGUUGGGAUUCUGCCAUGGAAUUUAAGUAAUAUUUUCAUAUUCUCACAGAAGCACAAACAAUAAAUUCUACAAACAUCUAGUUUACAUAGUUUUGUGCUAGAAAGGCUAAUAAAGCAGCUUUAUUUUACAUUGCAGCAGACCGUUUUAUAUUUUAGACACCUUUAAACACCCACCUAGAAUAUAUACCCCCAAAACAUUGAUUGAAUUGGUGAGUGGAAAAUGCACAAUGAGAAGUGAUCCAUAGUUAUUCAUAGCUAUUCACUACUGCAAUAUUUCCUGGGAAAAAACCUAUGGCAAAAGCACAAAAUAUAAGGCAGUCCUUGUUGAAGAAUGUCCGUAAUAUAACAUGGAACUACUUUGUCUGUACCCUUUACACGUGUAUUCUUUAUGUUUAUGAUACUGUAUACAUUUUUGAAAAAAAAUAAAAGUUUAUGCUUUUUAAACAUGUUUA